ACAUAAUUGUAACAGACCACAGCGAUUGAUUGCGGAACUUUGGGGACCAGUUUAAAACCGGAAAUGAUCCACAAUAUUAUGAGAUAGUGCUACAUAGAGUUCCGAUCUCAGUUGUGCCGCUAGUUUGAUCUAAAAUAUACAUGUUAGACUACGUUUUCCUUUUCUAUUGUUCUCAUCCGUCAAUAACGAAACAAACCUACGAGUCAAACCAAACUGUUGGAGUUACAGCCCCAAAACUCCCGCGAUGCCUUGCGAGAAUUUGUUCUAAGGUGGAGGGAAGGUUUAAAUCUGACAGCUUUUAUUAGUAUUUCAGGACUCUGAUGGCAGAUGAUAGUAAUUCUUUAUUGGAUGAGUGUUUUCUUCUGCCAGAUGGCACUAUUCCAGUUAAGGGCAGUGUACCAGAAGGAGAUACUGUAGUGGAUGCGCAUAAAAUAAGUCCAGGACGCGAUGGUAAAUAUUUGUGCUAUGGAGCAGACAAAAGUUCUAAUGAAAGUCGUGCUUGGAGAAACUUUCAUCUUGGGGCAAAGAAGAAUGAAGAAACGGUGUUCCCUCUCGACUCUUCCUUAUGUAGAUCUGGAAGUAAGAAUAACACCAGAAGCUCAAGAGAGGAGGUGUGUCAGAUUGAAAGUCAAGAAACAAGAAGGCAAACUGUUCUAGCCAGUGAGACAUCUAUCGAUCUAGGUGUUCAGGAUGCAAAUGAGUUUCAUGGAGAGAUAUCAAGGAUUCUUCCGGAUGGCAGCUGCCUGGUCCCUGUGGUGUUUCCUGGUUGUAUCGCUCAAGAAAGCUGCUGCAAGUUUGUCUGUGAAAUUUUCAAACAUGUACUAUACCAAAGAGCACAGCUACCAUUACCUUACGAUCAACUUGUCUUUUUCCAUAAAAAACAAGAAACUAAUCAGACAAGAGAAGCGACAACACAGAAGAGCUCUUGGAACCUAGAUCGAGAUAGCAAAAAGCAGCAGAAGGUUUUGUCCGAGUUGGAAGAGGUGCUUAGUAACAUUGAGACGCUCUUUACGUUGACAUUUGUUCCCCGGGUUCUUAUCUUGCUGGGAGGUAGUGUGGUAUGCCCAAAGGAGAUGUAUGAAAUUGUUCUAGAGGGUGUCUCCCUUGGAAAUGGUGAGGAGAGCCUUAAAACAUCCAGCUGUGUACGUAGAAUCUUCCAUGCACUCUUCAUUGCAGAUAUCUUCAGUGAAUUGAAGACCGAGUCCUUAAUGAGUGUGAUGGUUCUUUUGCAGGGUCACAGAGACUGUGGGACACAGUGGUUCCGUCCUAAACUGGAUUAUAAAGUUCCCGCCAGAGGUAAAAGGUUGACUAUCAGUUUGUCUUCUAGUGGCACAGACUUUGGUUUAUCCUUAAAACAAGCAACUCCAGAUUCUGAUAACUACAUCUGGUUCCAGGCACCAGUGACUAUUAAGGGAUUUCGUAUGUGACAAUAUUCUUCUGGCAACUUGGAUUUUUCACCAAAUGUUUUGGUUGUACUGCAUAUUUCUUUUUUGAAUGUGGGAAUGAUUAUAACCUUUGUUGCAUUUUGUUUCAGAACACACUGUGCACACAACAUAUUGUGAUGUAACUUAUUGGGGGGGUGCAUAAUUUGCUUUGAAUUA